AUGACUGGCAGAACGUUCCCGUCACCGCUCGCCGGGGUUACCCAAGACACCCCGCUGCCUACAGCCACAUCCGCCGACGGCAAGAGCCUGGUCAACCCGCCGCAGGGUACGCCGAGUGAAUCCUACAAGCAGUUUAUCAAGAGCUACGACACGGAGAAGCGUGGGGCUUUUGACGUUCAUGUGUACUACGACCAGACGAACCGGGAUGAGACAAAGUACGCUACGGAGCUGUAUGAGCGCAUCCGCCGCGAGUUCUCGGAACUGCGGAUUUACAAGCUAUGGGACCGUCCCAUCGGCCCCCAUCCCACUGCCAUGUUUGAGGUGAGCAUCUUCACGCCAGCCCAGUUUGGCGCCUUCAUUCCUUGGCUGGCUGUCUGGCGCGGGCCGCUCUCCGUUCUAGUCCACCCCAACACGGUGCCAGCAGAGGGCGAGUCGUUGGUGGCUGCUGAGCUGAGAGAUCAUACGCAACGUGCCAUUUGGCUGGGCGAGAAGCAGACGCUGGAUACCAGCAUCUUUGCGUGA